CACAGCUUUCAUGCUCACAUAAAAAUACUCCAUGGAUUUGUUGUGAAUAAUUCAUCAUUUGUGAUCAAAAUAAAUGUUUUCUAAUGUGUGAUCAUGAUCAGGAGCAUGUUUGGACGUCUGUGUGGGCUCGUCGAACACCGCCAGCUUCUUUUUCUUCUCACUGCUGGGAUUCUGGAUCCAUGUCUGGCUUCCUCACCGGGACCAGUUUCAGUGAGCUGCAAGUCCGAUAACUACCCGACCAAAUACAAGCACUGCCAACUCGCCUCGCCAGGUGGUGUUGCUGGCUUGGAAUGUCUCGGAAAAUUCCACUCUCUAAGUCUGAAGACGUGUCAGUGGAGGCGUGGGGCGGCCGAGGAGGAGCAGGCGAACUUCACGCUCGUCGUCCGACAAAGGGACGACAAGUACUGCAGAGUGUACAAGAGCAUGAAGGAGCCGUUGACCGACGUGGAAGUGUACAGCAUGCGCAACUUGACCGUGGAAGUUCUGGAACAGGUCGGAUCCGAUUGCUCCAAAGAUGUCUUCGCGGCGCUCCCGAGUAGCCUGCUGCGCUGCGGUCCUCCGCUUCACGUCACCUUCAGGCGCCAUUCGGGGAGUCACGUCGACGUCUGCGCCCAGUGGAGUCAGGACGACGCUAAGGUCAUCGCAUCCGUCUGCGUGCGACACAAAGCGGCCACACGCCGCCAUCGCCAUGACGACGGACGCUGGCAACAGUCGUGUUGCCGUGGUGCCGCCGGGUGUCAUCUGGCGAGAGUGGAGGGCCCGUCGGCGCUUGAGGUUCAGGUGGCUUGCGAGGUCAGCGACAAGUGCUCUCAGUGUCCGUGGGGUCACGUCUACACGCUGCCGCCGGAGCUGACGAAGCCUCCGCUCAGCCUGCACGUGGUAGAAGACAAGAUGGCCGACACAGGAGGACAAAGGAGGAUUUCGCUGACGUGGACGUUCUCCGAGGCAUGCGACGGCUUCCGUGUGUCUGCGGCCAAGGCGUCGGGGGAGCCGCCCCGGGAGGUGCUCAGCGUAGCGCGGCCGCCCAUCACGUUGCUGCUGUCCGCCUCCGACUUCGCCGUCAGCGUCCACGCUUUCAACAACGUCAGCGCGUCGCCGGCCGCCAACAUCACGCUAACUUCGCCGCGUGAAGACGACGAUGAGGCCGAUGGCGAUGAUGAUGAUCACGCUCGGCUGAGGGUGCGCGUCCACAACCAGACGUCCUUCAGCGUGUUGUGGAAGGACGACCUGGUCAGCAAGUACUUGUGCUUCUCCCUGGAGUGGAGCGCCACCUACGGACCACAGCCACCGUUCGUGUCACAUGUGGUGUUCUAUGAGGACGCCAACAACUUCUGGACGGUGGUUGACAUUCCAGAACCGCUGCAGCCGCACACCAGCUACGACGUCUGGCUGCACGUGCGUGACCAACAGCCGCCGUGCAACCUGGAGCAAGUCAACAACAGUCGGGAGGUCACUUACGCCAGCGCUCGCUUUUACUUCCUGGAAGGAUCUCCGGCAAGCGGUCCCUCCGACGUCAGUACGGCGUCCGUCACGUCGUCCUCCCUGGAACUGAGCUGGUCGUCCAUCCGGCAGGAAGACCGGCGCGGGUUCCUGCUGGGCUACGUGAUCCACUACGCCGAGGACCGGCAACUGGAGAGAAGUGAGACCCACGGCUUUGUGGGUGGCUACGUCAGUGUGGGACCGCGGCUACGCCGUUACAUACUGGAGGGUCUCCGCAGUGGGGCGGUGUACCGGAUUCAGGUGUCGGGGUUGACACGGGCCGGGCCCGGGGUCCGCAGCGCCGCCAGCCUGGUGGAGACGCGGCGUGAAGGUUCCGUUCCCCUCACGGCACUUGUCACCGUCUCUACCCUCGUCGUGCUGGCUGCCAUGUUGGCGUCUCUCCUCUUUAAAAGCAGGGCCAAAGUGGUCUUUUGGCCAAACAUUCCCAACCCUGCAAAGAGCAGAUCCAUGCAGAAACUCAAUGCACCAGCACACCUGCUCCUCCAAACCGUCGACACGCUCAAGCUGGAAGAAUGCAACACGGCGAGUCUGCUCCUCGUGGAGCCCCGAGCGCCGCCGCCUUCCGAGCGCCGUCAAUCGGCCCGCGGCCGUUCCGCCGCCGUCGAUGAGCAGAGAGCGGCGAACUCCCGCGAUCCUCCCAUGGCCCCCUCCAGCGGAUACACCAGCUUGGACGUCAUCCAGCAGAUGAUGAUGAUGACGGCUCACGCGGGAGACUACAAGACGCAGUUUAGCGUCGAGCGCGACACUCGCGUACGUUUGAUGGACAUGGAAAACACGCAUUUAUCAUGAUCCAAUCGUCCUCCGGUCCUGCAGGGGGCGACGCAUGAAGCACAAAAAGACGGCUUGUUUAAAAAGGUGUUUU